AUGUCUGCCCACAGCAACACAGCACCCCCCCUCCAGAGACAGCACUCCCCCUUCCUCGCUCCAGCCUCCAGGGGGUGUAUGUACACCAGAUUGUUCCUCUCUGCUUGGCUCCAGCACCCCCCAACAAACUCCCCGCUUGUUAGGGGGGGCCGCAAAGGUCUUCCCAGCCUCACAGAUACUCUCUUCAGGCACAGCACAGGUUCCCCCCACUCCCCAGGGGGAUUGUAUUAUAAACUAAACACCUCCUCACUCAGGGCUCCCUUCACCCCCGGGCCGUUGUCAGAUUUUAGUCAGCAGAGAUUUGAGCAAUUCUUGCUGGACCUCCAGCGCCGGAUUUGUGAUGAGGCGGAAGCAGCGGACGGGAGCGGUGCGAAAUUCUGCGAGGACAAGUGGUCGAGGGGGGAUGAUCCUAAGGCUGGCUAUGGUAUCACGCGUGUCCUGGAGGGGGGCGCUCUCUUGGAGAAAGCCGCCGCGAAUGUGUCCAUUGUCCGAGGGACUCUGUCAGAGGCAAGAGCAAAGGCUAUGUCUGGCAGGGGGCAAGUCGGAGCAGUGGCGGGAGCCCCUUACUUUGCGGGCGCCCUCUCCCUGGUGUUCCACUCCGCCAGCCCGAUGGUCCCCACCUUCCGCUCCGACAUUCGAUACUUCGAAAUCGAGGGGCAGCCAGGCUGGUUUGGCGGUGGCGCAGAUCUGACGCCCAGCUACCUGUUUGAGGAGGACGCGCGCGACUUCCACGCCUUUUACAAGGCCCUGUGCGAGCGGCACGGCCCCGGCCUGUACCCCCAGUACAAGGCCCUGUGCGACAAGUACUUUUACAUUCCGGCCCGGAAGGAGCACCGCGGACUGGGCGGAAUCUUCUUCGACGACCUGAGCAGCCUCGGCGGAAUCGAAAUCCCGAACGGAAGCGGAACGACGAACGGGAAUGGGUCGGGCAGAGAGGGCCUCGAAGUUCGGCCACGUGUUGACAAAGCAUCGGCCGAAGGGUCGUCUGGUAGACAGUCCGGGAGCGACGGACAGAACGGAAGUGGACCAAACGGAAGCGGAACGGACGGAACUGUGGGCGGGCCCAGCGGAGCGGAAGAUCUGGAGAAUGUGUCCGUUUCAGGCCGUGCUGCGAACGCGGAUUUCGAGCGGGCUUGGCACUUUGUAAGGGACGUAGCAGAAGGGUUUAUCCCGAGUUAUUUGCCGAUCGCGGAAAGGGCGCGGUCACGGCUUUGGGGGGAGAAGGAGCGGCAGUGGCAGCUUCUCCGGCGAGGUCGGUAUUUGGAGUUCAAUCUGCUGUACGACCGGGGGGUCAAAUUUGGCCUGGACGGAGGGGGGAGGGUCGAGUCAAUUAUGGUGUCGGCGCCGCCGCUCAUCGCAUGGAGUUACAACGUCGAGCCCGCGCCCGGCUCUCCUGAAGCGGACGUGAUGGACAUCCUCCGGAAACCACGAGACUGGGCGUAAAGCUCGUAGGGUCUGCAAAUGGGGGAGAACAGACGACUGCUUAGACUCGAUGGCUGCUGUAGUAAUCGAAUUCAACCGGUCAAGCUUCAGUGUGAGUACACCGCAUGCAUCUGGGCAGUGGACAUCAGUAAUUGACAAACAUAUGAUCGCCGGCCUUUGCUGUUUUUCCCACUUCUAAUCCGAUCAGCAUUUGGCCUGAUACGAAGCAAC